AUGACGGCCGCCAACUCUCUUCAAUCCAUCGAGGGACCUGUCUCUGUCCUCGUCUCUUCUCGGGUCGUCGUCACUCUCCCUGAUGACUCUCUCGUUGUCACACCUGCUACUGUUGUCGUCAGCCCUGUGACUGGCAAGAUCAUCUCAGUCAUCCCCGAGAUCCUCCCCUCCUCCAGCUUCCCAGCCGGCACCGAGUAUGUCGACCACAGUCCCAAGCUCCUCUUGCCCGGUCUCGUCGACGCUCAUGUUCACUUGAACGAGCCUGGCCGUACCGAGUGGGAGGGCUUCUGGACUGGCACUCGCGCAGCUGCCAGUGGCGGUGUCACCACUGUCAUUGACAUGCCAUUGAAUGCGAUUCCCCCAACGACGACGCUCAGUGGUUUCGAGGAGAAGCUCAGGGCCAGCCGAGGCCAGUGCUGGGUCGAUGUUGGCUUCUACGGUGGUGUUAUCCCUGGUAAUGCGGAUGAACUGAGGCCUCUGGUGGAUGCUGGUGUUCGAGGUUUCAAGGGUUUCUUGAUCGAGUCAGGUGUUGACGAGUUUCCGGCCAUCUCCGCUAAGGAUGUCGCCCUCGCCAUGGAGACACUCAAGGACACGCCAACGACGCUCAUGUUCCACGCCGAGAUGAUCCCUCCCAUCGCCGAAUCCGUCGGCGACGCGGUUCAGUCCUCGGAAGCACCUCUGGCGCCAACUGGAGAACUCAACGCAUACAAGACCUUCCUCGAGUCUCGGCCUCCUGCGUUUGAGACGUAUGCCAUCGAGGAGAUCCUGAGUCAGGCACAUAUCGCCCCUUCGCUUCAUCUCCACAUUGUCCAUCUCUCGGCGACGCAGUGUAUCCCUCUUCUCAAGGCGGCUCGCGCAUCUGGAAUCAACAUUACUGCUGAGACAUGCUUCCAUUACCUUGGUCUCACGGCAGAGGAGAUCGAGAAGGGUGACACUCGACACAAGUGUUGCCCACCAAUCCGGGAGGGCAAGAACCGUGAUGGUCUCUGGGAGGAGCUUGUAGCAGAGGAUUCGUGCAUCAGAACCGUCGUGUCGGAUCACUCACCUUGCACGCCUCAGUUGAAGCUGCUCCCCCAGCACCUCGACAGCGAGCGACCUGCUAUGCCACACAAGGAUUCGGGUGUUGUCAUAGAACAGGAGGACGAGGUCAAGGAACAGAGCCGCGGUGACUUCUUUGCUGCAUGGGGAGGCAUCUCCUCUGUAGGACUCGGACUUCCGAUCCUUCACACGGCAGCCAAGAAGCGCGCCGAGUUCUCCCAAACUCCCAGCAUCACCGACAUCGUGCGUCUCUGCUGCCAGGCAACGGCUGCGCAGGUUGGUCUCUCACACCGCAAGGGUGCUUUGAAGGCCGGUAUGGAUGCCGAUAUUUGCGUGUUUGACGACGCGGACGAAUGGACGUUUACGCAGGGCGACAUGCGGUGGAAGAACCGUUGCUCGCCGUGGGAGGGCCACGAGUUUACCGGGCGCGUCAAGGAGACGUGGCUGCGCGGAAAGAAGGUAUUUGAGCUGGGCGCUGGAAACAAUGGUUUCAUCGCCGGAAAGCCAUCGGGCGAGUCGAUCACGGAGAAGCGGACGGUUUGA